UCUAUGACGGCGCCUGCCCUGUAUAUCGCCCUCAUGUAAAGGCCACAGCCGGCGAAAUGCCACCAAUGCAGCUUGCUCACCCCUCGCCGAAGCGAAAGCGCGACCAGCCCCAGCAAACCCCACUGCUCAACACGGCCCUCGCCAUUCGACCCGCACAAACCCCACCACGACGAGACGACAGUCCUGCACCCUCGUCUGGCGCAGACAGCCCCAGAAAUGCAGUCGCAGACCAGCUCAGAGGGAUGACCCUCGUCGCCACAGCGGCCAUCCCCAUGUCACCACUGACGCCAACCGACGAUGUAAUACGCAAGAAGCCAAAGCUGGGCGCCAUGGACGUAGACGAGGCGGCACCAGGCACACAUACAGCAGAAACGAACGCAAAGCCCCGCAAAAAGGUCAACAUUCUGGAUACUGCUGCUUUCGAACCCACGUUGGAUGUUUCGAGAGAGAUACCGGAGACACCUCAAGCGCCACGACCCCGCAUUGUGACGGACAUUGCCGCUUUUGCGCAACCCACCACUUUCGUAUCGUCAUCUGGUAGCACAUCAUCGCCCCAAACAUCGUUCAGCAGCCAGAACAGUCAGGCAUCAAUACUGACAGACCGAUCCUCGUCCAAGUCACGCCCACGAAAGAUGCCUGCAUCGCCCCCACUUUCAGCCCUCACGUGGCAGGACGACGAAAUCACGGGUCACCUUACUGGUCCCGCGAACGAUCCAGACGACGACGGGACUGGUCUGAACGGUAUUGGGUUCAAGCCAACACCUGCGAUCGCAUAUCACAGAGCGCAGAGGAGGAAACAGCAAUUGUCAGAAUGGAAAACUAGGGAGACGCGCGAGGCAAGGGCGAAACGCAGCCAAAGAAGACAUCGAGGUGCCAGUGCAAGACCCCACGCUUCUAGAGAGUCGACAGUAGAAAGGGAGAUGCCGGCGCAAGCUGUGGAGGUACCCAGGAGGAAGGUUCAGUUCGCCGUAUGAGCCAAUAUCGCGCUGAAGGCAUACAUCAGACGAACAGAAACCACACAGUAUGUUGAGAGGCUAGAAUCAGCCCAACUGUGCAACAAAGCACCGGCUGAGGCAGGAAAGGGGGCAUUGAAGUAUUGUAAUGAGUGGAUCUAAGGAGGACAUGGAGGAACAAGACAUUGUACGACGACGACUUCACGACACACAACAUCACGAACGAACAGAACAGCUUUGGCUUCUGGAUUACAAAGGGGAUCACGGAACUACGGCGUAUCGCAUUGCUUUUGUUUCAUUUCGGUCCAGUCCAUUGCAGUCGGACACCCAUAUCAUACAGAUAUUACAGACUUAUACAGGUUCUGUA